GCGGCGCCAUAUUGGCGUCGGCCGCGCUGUAUUGUCAUAAAUAGAGCCGGUUUUGUGGUGUUUUCACUACUCGGUUGGAUGCCUCGGCCGUAGUAAGUGAGAAAGUGAGCGAGCAAGCGAGCUACAAGCGACCGGGGGAAAGUCGACAAGAGGAGAAAGGAAGACCAAGAACUUGACUCCAGAGAGAAAGAUACUCGCCGGUGUGGGAGACGCAGGAAGCGAUGAAAGAGAUGUCUGCAAACACCAUGCUGGACAGCCAGCGUCAACAAAAGCAUUAUGGAAUCACUUCUCCAAUUAGUUUGGCAUGUCCUAAAGAAAUCGAUCAUAUUUACACACAGAAAUUAAUUGAUGCUAUGAAACCAUUUGGAGUGUUUGAAGAUGAGGAAGAAUUGAACCACAGGCUUGUUGUUCUUGGUAAAUUGAACAAUUUAGUAAAAGAAUGGAUUUCUGAUGUCAGUGAGAGUAAGAAUCUCCCACCUUCUGUUGUGGCUACUGUUGGUGGUAAAAUUUUCACGUUUGGCUCCUAUAGGCUUGGAGUACACACCAAAGGAGCUGACAUUGAUGCACUUUGUGUAGCUCCAAGACAUGUGGAGAGAUCUGAUUUUUUUCAGUCUUUUUUUGAAAAACUGAAACAUCAAGAUGGCAUUAGAAACUUAAGAGCUGUAGAAGAUGCCUUUGUACCUGUUAUAAAAUUUGAAUUUGAUGGAAUUGAAAUUGAUCUAGUCUUUGCAAGACUGGCAAUUCAAACCAUAUCAGAUAAUUUAGAUCUAAGAGACGACUCUCGACUGAGAAGCCUUGAUAUAAGGUGUAUUCGCAGCCUAAAUGGAUGUAGAGUUACUGAUGAAAUUUUGCAUUUAGUGCCAAAUAAAGAAACUUUUAGACUCACCCUAAGAGCAGUCAAAUUAUGGGCAAAACGACGUGGUAUUUAUUCCAACAUGCUGGGAUUCCUUGGUGGUGUCUCCUGGGCAAUGCUAGUUGCAAGAACUUGUCAAUUAUACCCAAAUGCAGCAGCUUCUACUUUAGUUCAUAAGUUCUUUUUAGUUUUUUCUAAGUGGGAAUGGCCAAAUCCUGUGCUGCUGAAGCAACCAGAAGAAAGCAAUUUAAAUUUGCCUGUUUGGGAUCCUCGGGUAAAUCCAUCAGAUAGGUAUCAUCUCAUGCCCAUAAUCACCCCUGCCUACCCACAGCAGAAUUCUACGUAUAAUGUGUCCACCUCAACUCGAACAGUAAUGGUAGAAGAAUUUAAACAAGGUCUUGCAGUCACAGAUGAAAUCCUUCAAGGGAAAUCAGACUGGUCCAAACUACUUGAGCCACCAAAUUUUUUUCAAAAGUAUAGACAUUAUAUAGUAUUGACUGCCAGUGCAUCAACAGAAGAAAACCAUCUAGAGUGGGUUGGGUUAGUGGAAUCUAAAAUUCGUGUGCUUGUUGGAAACUUGGAACGAAAUGAAUUUAUUACUCUUGCCCAUGUAAAUCCCCAGUCAUUCCCAGGAAAUAAGGAACAUCAUAAAGACAACAAUUACAUAUCAAUGUGGUUCCUUGGAAUAAUUUUUCGGAGAGUAGAAAAUGCAGAAAGUGUCAACAUAGACUUGACCUAUGAUAUACAGUCAUUUACUGAUACAGUGUACAGACAGGCAAAUAAUAUAAACAUGCUAAAGGAAGGAAUGAAAAUUGAAGCAACUCAUGUUAAAAAAAAGCAGCUUCAUCACUACCUUCCAGCAGAGAUUCUUCAAAAGAAGAAAAAGCAAAGUCUUUCUGAUGUUAGUCGAAGUUCAAGUGGACCACAAUCCAAAAGAUCAUCUCUAGAUAGCAAUUGUUUGGAUAGCUCCAGGGACACUGAUAAUGGAACACCUUUUAAUUCCCCAGUGUCUACAAACAAACCUUCCAAGCCUGACAUUCCUCCUUCAGGAGAAACAGAAAGGAGUAAUGCUGAGCCUGCUGCUGUCAUUGUGGAAAAGCCACUGAGUGUCCCCCCAGCACAAGGACUAUCUAUCCCAGUUAUUGGUGCAAAAGUUGAUUCUGCAAUAAAAGCUGUAUCACCCCCAGCUGUGUGCACCAUUCCUACUGUAGUGGGACGAAAUGUCAUUCCUAGAAUCCCGACACCCCACAACCCUGCCCAGGGACAACCACAUCUUAAUGGAAUGUCAGCUAAGAAUGUUACACACAAGAGAUCCCAUUCUCCAUCCAUAGAUGGGUCUUCUAAGAGGUUGAAAGACAUAGAAAAGUUUAUUCGGCUUGAAUCAACGUUUAAGGAAUCACGUGCUCCUGAAGAUAGAAAAAGAAAAGCAAUGGAUGCCAUUGGAGGAGAAUGUAUGCCUAUUCCAACAAUUGAUACAUCUCGCAAAAAGAGACUACCCAGUAAAGAACUACCAGAUUCAUCAUCUCCGGUUCCAGCAAAUAACAUCCGAGUCAUCAAAAAUUCCAUUCGACUGACCCUUAAUCGAUGCCGUAGCAUUCUCUCAUUGAUUGCUACAUGCACUUCUGUGAGGAUCACCUGCUAUCAAAUUGUCAUCUACAAUAUUACGGCUUUGCGUUGGAGGUUUUACUGCCUUAACUUUCGAUGCUUGUUUCUCUGUUGUGGGAACCAGUUCUUGGCUCUUUGGACACGGAUAAAACAAGUCCUGAACUUUUUCUUUCUUUCUUUCUUUCUUUUUUUUUUUUUUAAGUCUUAUGUUAUAAUCAUUGUAUAGUACUGAAAAAGUUGAAAACAAAACAAAAAAAAUUGUCUUGUAAUUUUCCAAAUGUUAAUACAUUUACUUUAGCAUUGAAGCCACUUUGUGAAACCUGAGAUAAAUGAAUGUGAGGUAUCUUUUCUGCUUUUCUCAUUUGUGUAGAUGUACUUAUUGUCUAUUCUGUUGAUUUAAAUUAUUUUUUUUCCAGAAUGGCACAUGGAAUAUUUAAAUUUCUUUUUUUUUUUUUUUUUGUGCCUUUCUGUCCAAGUGUUGCAUAGUUACCAGGGAGGAUUAGUCCAGUGAUUACAUAAGAGUUGGGCACCAUAAAUUCUCUAUAUUUUGCCUCCCAUGGAGGCCUUUGAAAUGCAUCUUUAUAAAGAAUCAGAAUAUAACCAAGAUACUGAAAGUCAGUAUAUGAAUGGUAAAAUUGUUACAUAUCCUAGCUCAUGCCAUUCUUGUUAGUUGACUGGUAUUUUUUACUGAGGAGCAACUCAUUCCAGCACCAACAAUAAGAUACCUUGAAGUAUGGCAAGCUUGUAUUUUAAGGUGUAAACAUAACUUGGCAUGGUAAUUCUUGACCAUUACUUACCCCACAACUUCAAACAGUUUCUUCAUGGACUAGGCAUGCAGAAAUAAGCAGUGGAUUUUACUGAAACCUAAAGGCAUUUUUGAAUGACAUUGUUACCAACCAUUAAUUGGCUCAGGACCUUUGUAAUUUUUAUUUAACUAUAUGAGUUGUCUUUUUUUACACUGCUUUUUCAAUGCAUUUCUUAAUAUUUUUUAAGUUUCAUGAACGCAUGCUCAGUUUAUUAAAAUCCAUAACCAUGUAAUUCUUGUAAUAUGUUGAUUCAGUGUUUUGUAAAUGAAGUCGUAUGUAUUUUCAGAGUAUUUUUGUAUGUACUGUAAGAUACCAUCUUUUCAAAGAGAAAACUUUAAAACCUUUACUGUCUCUCUUUAGUCUAAUUUUUUAAAUAUGGAUUAUGCUUGAAUUAUUCUUAAAUGUAUAGAUUGCACAGCCAGGAAUGCUAGUAUUUAUUACCUUCUUCAGCUGUCACUCGGCAAUAGUAGGUUCUGGUAGGAAAGACACAAAAUGGUACAUUUGAAUAGUGCAGGGAAAUUACUCGGUUAUAUAUUUUAUAGGACUUGUGGGACUCACUUAGCCCAAGGAGUAAUAAUCUGUAAUCUCUUGCAGGCCCCUUAUCACUCAGUUGAAAUGCUUGGAAUUCUGAUAGAGCAAUAUCCUUCCCCCUUACCUGUUCCUGAUCCCUAGGUUGCUGAAAUGGAAAUUCUAGCUUUUAACUCUUAAAAGGAAAACUUAGAAGAGCAAGGAAGAAAUAAUGAUUGUUCCAUUAUUCACUUUUUACAUAGCAAAAGACAAGAAUGAAAUCCUGUAAGUCAAAAUGUAGCUCACUUGGAAAGCUCUUUUAGCUGACUCUUUUCCUCUAUUCAGAUAUUCUGAUAUUUAUUCCAUAAAUACUCCUUGAGCAAAAGUAAAUGGUUAUGAAAGGACUAAUAACCGCCACCUGACUUCAGACUUUGAAAAAUUCUUAAGAUUGGAGUAAAUUUUAUAUAUGUGAUAUGUUUGCAUUUCUGUGUUUAAUAUCUACCUAUUUUCCCCUUUGAUUAUCAGUCUUCAGGGUCUCUAAGAAAUUCUCAUGUUUACCCUCCCUUUUUUUUUUUUUUAACAAAUUCUUUAGAGUGUUUAAUAAGGAAGCUACAAGCCUAACCCAAAACCCCAGUAUCGCCACUUUCUCUUGUUUUAAAGGUCCAUUCAGCAUGGGUUUGAAACCUAGCCAAAUGGUUCUAUGUUAGACACCUCAAAGAUCUCAUUCUUCAACCUGUUUGGUAACUGGGGAGUUGAUGAGAGGCUUUUGAGAUGGUGGGUUUGGUCAGAAAUGAAGUGUUUCCUAUCCUAAACAGGAGGUAGGACUUUCAGUACAUUUUGUGACCAUAGUAGGAGAGCUCCACUGUAUUGGUUCCAAGUAAAUAAAGGGGCUCUGGGAUUGUAUAUUAUGUUCAGAGGCACUAAAUAAAUGUGACUUCGAGUUUGAAACUAUACCUAGAAAUAUAUUUUAUAAAGUCAAAAUAAUUUCCAAUAUGUAGACAUGUUCAUUUUCAUGAGGGUAUUAAAUUUUAAUCUUAGAGUUCAGGACUGGCUCUGAAGAAUAGUGUAUAUCAGAGGAAAAUAAUUGUCUGCUAGCUUAAAUCUGAGGGACUUAACUCAUUUGAGGGGGUACCUGGCUUAAAACCUUGUAAAACUGGGACAGCAGAAUGAAUUUUAAAAGACUAUUGGUGCUUACAAUGAGUGUCUUAAGGCAACAAACUAGUAACAUUAUUAAAAAUGCUUACUUGACUACAGUAGCAAUAAAGUGAAGAUGGACAGUGGCCACUUGGGCUAACCUUAUUCUGUGUUCCUCAGCUUUGAAGUAGGAAUUCCUAACUUGGGGAUCAUGGGCCUUUGGGAUGAAUCUUUUUUAAAUGUAUAUAAGAAAUUUUAGUUUAUAUGCAUUUUUGUGGGGAGGGAGAUUCAUAAAUUUCAUCCGCUUUUCAAAGUGGUUCAUGACCCUUUAAAAAAAGGGGUGGGGGUGAUGGGGCAUUGUUAGAUUCCAUAGCUUUGCAAGAUUGAAUAAUCCCAGACUGAGGUUUUUUCCAUAAGAUUUUUCUGUGGUACAUUUCUAAAAAUAUACUAUGGCUCUAACUAGUAAAGUGGGCUGUUGGAGGAUUCUGGAACACCAAAUUUCUCUCUUGAGUUUCUUUAUAUAUUACAGAUGAACCUUAAUCAGUAUUUUAAAAAAUACUAUUGAAUUUGUAAAUGUCCUCAUGUUUACUUAGAUUAACAGGGUCAAACUUGAACAAAGAUUGUUCAGCCUAAGAUUGACCAGACUAGAAUAGUUUAGAAUGAUAAUUAGAAUCAUUAAGGAUCUUAAUCCUUUUAUUUCAGUAGCAUUAAAGUUCUCUCUUAUUCCUUCAUGUUUAUGGUUUAGAGCAGAACAGAUUGAGCAGACCAAUAAAUAGAACUUUAGUUUUAAAAAAUGGUGUGUGUGUGUGUGUGUGUGUGUGUGUAAAUAACUACCUAUUAAAUCUCCCAGAACUUAGAAUUUAGGUCAUGAUGAUAGUGGUAAGUAGUGCAAAUGAUGAAAGAAAACAGGUCUUAAUAAAUUCCUUUGAAUUUUUU